ACCUAAACUCCUUCUUCCCCUCACUCUCACGUGCCCCGCCUUCUCCUUCUCCUUCUUCACGCCGUCCCCUGUUCCCUUUCAACAGCUCAGUGUCGCCGCCGCCUCUGUCCCGUUCAGUUCUGCCGCCGCCAUCUUUCUUCCGCUCGUACCGCCGAAAGCUCAUCCUAGCAGUUGUAGAUCAUAGCAAGGAAAAAAGAUGAACAAGGACAAAAUAUUUAAGCUAGCCAAGGGCUACAGAGGAAGGGCCAAGAAUUGCAUAAGGAUUGCUAGAGAGCGAGUGGAGAAGGGUCUCCAGUAUUCCUACAGGGAUCGUCGCAAUAAGAAGCGGGACAUGCGCUCCCUUUGGAUACAACGCAUCAAUGCUGGCACACGCCUUCAUGGGGUGAACUAUGGCAAUUUUAUGCAUGGGCUGAUGAAGGAGAACGUUCAACUAAAUAGAAAAGUAUUAUCAGAGCUCUCAAUGCACGAGCCUUACAGUUUCAAGGCCCUGGUAGACAUCUCUCGCAAUGCAUUUCCUGGAAACAAGAAUGUAGUAUUUCCCCCCAAGAAGGAUGCUGCUUCCAUGAUUGUUUAAUGGAUUGUUUACGAGUUCUCUAGAUCUUCAGUUAUAUAGAAACAGACUUGGGAUGUUUAUCUGGCUUAUGAUGAGAGUUAAUGCUUGUUGUUGAGCGUAAUUCUUUUCAUUUCUAUUGUUGUAUUAAUUCUCCUAAUGUUGUCGGACACUGAAAGGCUUGUCCAUUUGAAAUGAUAAAAGUUUCUUGGAUGCUUUAGUUUUAAA